CCUCCCGUCGGCCCCCGGGGCAGCGUCUGACGUCACGCGCUGCGGGCAGCAGCUCAGGCCGGGCGGCUCCUCCCCCAGUCACACAGCAGCGGCGGCCGGGGAAUGAGGGCAGGAGCAGCCGGGGACUCCCCGCCAGGACUGCAGAUCCCUGCACCCACUGCGUUGGGGGCGGACAUGGCGGACGACCCUCCGUUCGUGCUGGGGAGGCCGCGCUUCCAGCAGAGCACGUUCUAUGGCAGAUUUCGUCACUUUCUGGAAAUCAUUGACCCGCGCACCCUUUUUGUGACAGAGAGUCGCCUUAAAGAGGCUGUGCAGCUGCUGGAGGACUACAAACACGGAACGCUGCCCCCCGGAGUAUCCAACACAGAGCUCUGGGCGGCUCAGAAGAUUAAACAGGCCAUCAUCCACCCCGACACGAAUGAGAAGAUUUUCAUGCCUUUCCGAAUGUCAGGUUAUAUUCCCUUUGGGACACCUAUAGUUGUAGGUCUUCUGCUGCCAAAUCAGACCCUGUCAUCCACUAUCUUCUGGCAGUGGUUGAAUCAAAGUCACAACGCAGGUGUCAACUAUGCAAAUCGCAACGCAACCAAGCCUUCUCCAACGUCCAAGUUUAUCCUGGGAUACACCGGAGCUGUCGUCAGUGCGGUCUCUAUAGCGGUCGGCCUUAAUGCUCUGGUCCAGAGAGCGAACCAGUUUACGCCCUCUACCAGACUCUUCAUCCAGCGGUUCGUGCCGUUCCCAGCUGUCGCCAGUGCCAAUAUUUGCAACGUGGUCUUAAUGCGGCACGGCGAGCUGGAGGAAGGUAUUGACGUGCUGGACAGCAGCGGACAGAUCGUUGGCUCUUCUCGAAUAGCCGCCAAACACGCGCUGAUAGAGACGGCUCUCACUAGAGUGGUGCUUCCCAUGCCUAUUCUGGUUCUACCUCCCAUUAUAAUGUCUGGACUUGAAAAGACGUCAUUGCUGCGAUUAUACCCAAGACUGGUCCUCCCAGUGCAUAGCCUUGUGUGCCUUGCUGCCUUCGGACUGGCUCUCCCUCUAGCCAUCAGUCUCUUUCCACAGAUGUCUGAGACAGAUGAAUCCCACCCUGCCCGUUUUUGUGCGCCCUACCAACCCGCCGUUUUCUGCCUGCCGUACCCCGCCACGCCGCCAGACCCAGCCGUGCGCCGCCGGACCCGAUUGAAACCUCACAACUGGAGCCAGAAAUUGCGACGAACACCACCUCUCGUACGGUGGUCUACAACAAAGGAUUGUAAGCCAAAUUGUCAAUUCUCCAUCGAGCGAUGAGGAAGCCCCCCCCCACCCACCCAGUCACUCACCACGGAGGGAGAAACAGCGCACCUAGGCUCUCCUCUCUUCUCCGACAGCUGGGGCGAAUUAACACAUUCACAGCACUAUCACCUCAUCGAGGUAGAGGAGCUACUCGGUUCUUGUUUUGCCGUUGCUAAGGGGAACAAGAAAAUAGCACAAUGUGGUACCAACAUUUUUAGAAAUUAGCCUGCAAAAAAAAAAAAGAAGAAAAAGAAAAAUCACAUACCAACAAUUGCUGCAUGAAAAGUGAAUUAAUCAUCCUAAAACAUGAUCCAUGACACAGAGUCUUAGCAUCACGUGGCACAUACGUGCUCCUCACACAAAGCCUAAUUCUCUUUCUGUAAGCUGUAGCCUGAUGUCACAUGUCUAAGUCUGUCACAACAUGAGCCGGGUGGAACUCUGCAACGCCAACAACUAACGAAAACUCCUACAUUUCUUUGGACACACUUUGGCUGGGGUUAGGAUUGUCUGGGUGGGGAAUGUUUGAUGUUGGCGUGCAUGACCAUUAUUGCGGAAUUUAUUUACCGGUCAGUCACUAGGCCCCUCGUGUGCUGUCCAUGACUGAUCGUCACUGAGAACACGCUACAAAGCGUAAUGCGUUGGAAGUGUGUAGUUUCUAAUAUCUUCUUCUUUAUACAGCUGAAUGGCUCCCUGCCUCUACCCUUUUGCAGAGGGUUGGCAGUAGUACAUUACCUCUAUGGCUAGAUAUAUCCUAUCACUAGGGACAUCCUGUACACACAUGAAAUAUAUAAAGUGAGACUGGCAAGUCUGCCCGAUGGUUUAAAUGGGCAAUCAUUUAAAAUGCAAAGCCAACCUGGUUUUGCCUUUUAAAUGAUUGCCCAUUUAAAAAAUUGUACAGAUUCGCCAGAAACUCAUGCAGGCUAUUACAUGUAUCCCUUGGUAACCCUGCCAUUACCCUAGUAAUAGACCAGUCACAUUGGCGAACAGGCCCAUUGAGAAACAGGCCAAUCACUGAACAGGCCCAUUGAGAAACAGGCCAAUAACUGAACAGGCCCAUUGAGAAACAGGCCAAUCACUGAACAGGCCCAUUGAGAAACAGGCCAAUCACUGAACAGGCUGAUUGAGAAACAGGCCAAUCACAGAACAGGCCCAUUGAGAAACAGGCCAAUCACUGAACAGGCUGAUUGAGAAACAGGCCAAUCACUGCACAGGCCCAUUGAGAAAGAUUUUUAAAUGUAGUAUUUUAAUUCUCCUCUUUCCACAUCCACUGGUCCGAUUUCUUCUGACUACACGGAGCUGGGCCUUGUCGUAUAUCACUAGACCAGGUCUCGUUGUAUAUCACUGGGCUGGUUUUUGUAUAACACUAGGCCGGUCUUGUCGUAUAUAACUGGGACGGGUAAUGUCAUAUAUAUCACUGGGCCAUGUAUUGUCAUAUAUAUAUCACUGGGCCAUGUAUUGUCAUAUAUAUCAGUGGACUGGGUCUUGUCACAUAUCACUGAGCCGGGUAUUGUCAAAUAUAUAACUAGGCCGGGUACUGUCAUAUCACUGAACCGGGUCUUGUAUAUUACUGGGCUGGGUCUCAUUGUAUAUCACUGGGCCUCAUUUUUUGCUAUAACACUGGGCCAGGUCUCAUUGUAUGUCCCUAGGCUGGGUCUCAGCAUAUAUCACACUGCUGGGUCUCAUUGUAGAUCACUGGGCCGGGUCUCAGCGUGUAUCACAGGGCCAUGUCUCAUUGUAUAUCGUUGGGCAGGGUCUCUGCGUAUAUCACUGGGCCGAGUCUCAUUGUAUGUCACUGGGCCGGGUCUCCGCAUAUAUCACUGGGCCGGGUCUCAGCAUAUAUCACAGUGCCAGGUCUCCGCAUAUAUCACAGUGCCAGGUCUCCGCAUAUAUCACAGUGCCGGGUCUCAGCGUAUAUAUCACAGUGCCAGGGCUCAUUGUAUGUCACUGGGAUGGGUCUCAGUAUAUAUCACUGGGCCAUGUAUUGUCAUAUAUAUAUCACUGGGCCGGGAAUUGUCAUAUAUAUCAGUGGACUGGGUCUUGUCACAUAUAUAACUAGGCCGGGUAUUGUCAUAUCACAGUGCCGGGUCUUGUAUAUUACUGGGCUGGGUCUCAUUGUAUAUCACUGGGCCUCAUUUUUUGCUAUAACUCUGGGCCAGGUCUCAUUGUAUGUCCCUAGGCUGGGUCUCAGCAUAUAUCACACUGCUGGGUCUCAUUGUAGAUCACUGGGCCGGGUCUCAGCGUGUAUCACAGGGUCAUGUCUCAUUGUAUAUCGUUGGGCAGGGUCUCUGCAUAUAUCACUGGGCCGAGUCUCAUUGUAUGUCACUGGGCCGGGUCUUAGCAUAUAUCACAGUGCCGGGUCUCCGCAUAUAUCACUGGGUCGGGUCUCAGCAUAUAUCACUUGGCUGGGUCUAAGCAUAUAUCACAGUGCCGGGUCUCAGCGUAUAUAUCACAGUGCCAGGGCUCAUUGUAUGUCACUGGGCCGGGUCUUCGCAUAUAUCACAGUGCCAGGUCUCCGCAUAUAUCACUGGGUCGGGUCUCAGCAUAUAUAACUUGGCUGGGUCUAAGCAUAUAUCACAGUGCCGGGUCUCAGCGUAUAUAUCACAGUGCCAGGGCUCAUUGUAUGUCACUGGGCCGGGUCUUCGCGUAUAUCACAGUGCCAGGUCUCCGCAUAUAUCACUGGGUCGGGUCUCAGCAUAUAUCACUUGGCUGGGUCUAAGCAUAUAUCACAGUGCCGGGUCUCAGCGUAUAUAUCACAGUGCCAGGGCUCAUUGUAUGUCAAUGGGAUGGGUCUCAGUAUAUAUCACUGGGCCAUGUAUUGUCAUAUAUAUAUCACUGGGCCGGGAAUUGUCAUAUAUUAUUAUAUCAGUGGACUGGGUCUUGUCAAAUAUAUAACUAGGCCGGGUAUUGUCAUAUCACUGGGCCGGGUCUUGUAUAUUACUGGGCUGGGUCUCAGCAUAUAUCACAGUGCCAGGUCUCAGCGUGUAUCACAGUGCCGGGUCUCAGCGUCUAUCACAGUGCUGGGUCUCAGCGUACAUCACAGUGCCGGGGCCGAUUGUAUAUCACUGUGCCGGGUCUCAUUGUAUAUCAUUGGGCUGGGUCUCAGCAUAUAUCACAGUGCCGGGUCUCAGCGUGUAUCACAGUGUCGGGUCUCAGCAUAUAUCACUGGGUCGGGUCUCAGCAUAUAUCACAGUGCCGGGUCUCCGCAUAUAUCACUGGGUCGGGUCUCAGCAUAUAUCACAGUGCCAGGUCUCCGCAUAUAUCACUGGGUCGGGUCUCAGCAUAUAUCACAGUGCCGGGUCUCCGCAUACAUCACUGGGUCGGGUCUCAGCAUAUAUCACAGUGCCGGGUCUCCGCAUAUAUCACUGGGCCGGGUCAUAGCGUUUAUCACAGGGCCGGGUCUCAUUGUAUAUUACAGGGCCAGGUCUCAUUGUAUAUCAUUGGGCCGGGUCUCAGCAUAUAUCACAGUGCCGGGUCUCCGCAUAUAUCACUGGGUCGGGUCAUAGCGUUUAUCACAGGGCCGGGUCUCAUUGUAUAUUACAGGGCCAGGUCUCAUUGUAUAUCAUUGGGCCGGGUCUCAGCAUAUAUCACUUUGCCGGGUGUCAUUGUAUGUCACUGGGCAGGUUCUCAGCAUAUAUUGCUGGGCCUGGUGUAUCACUGGGCUGGGUCUCCUCUGCUAUUGGAUAUGAUUGUAAAAGACUUAUUUCCGCCCUUGCUAAUACACUGGGAUGAUAGGAUAAAGUAUUGAUAAAAUACUGAAAGCUCCUUGUGUAAAUGACACAGAGACAUAAGAACAUCUCCUAUUACCCAGCCAGCCAGUAUGGGUUCUAGCUCUUUGUUGGUGCAGUCUUGUGACCUAAACCAGUAAUCAGCAGAGACCGGGCCGCAAUGAUUACCACCACUAUGUUAUUAGCUGGGCACAUUACCAUUACUUCCAUGAUUCUCUAUGCCGCGCCUUCCCCUCUCCCCCUAGCUUGGGGGCUUCCUGUGAGGUAUGUGGGGGCUGCGCUUCUCAUGGUAACCCGGCCAGCAGGAAUGUAUGUCUGGUUUUUUUUUUUGGUUUUUUUUUAAACCAAUCCUGUUAUGUAAAAAAUAAUAAUAAUGAUUGAAAUAUGAGGGAAAUUAAUUAUAGCAAUAAUUGCAGAUUAAUUAUACACUUACUACUAAGAAUAUUAGUUGGUGAGUGUGUCUCUUAUCAUGCAGGAUGAUAGCAAAUCUCUCCCUUCUCCCAUAGAGUAGUGAUUACCUCAGAGUCCGCCCAAAUACGUGUCAGCUACUUGUACCACACUGCUGCAAGACUUAGGGGCAGAUGUGUCAAAUUUUGAAGAGAGAUAAAGUGGGGAGAGAUAAAGUACCAACCAGCUCCAGUCUUAUUUCAAACACAGCCUGUAACAUGGCAGUUAGGAUUGGUUAGUACUUUAGGGUCUAUUCACGAAGCAGUGAAAAGUGUGGAGAAGCGAGCCAGCGGAGAAGUUGCCCAUGGCAACCAAUCAGCAAUGAAGUAACAUUUAUAAUUUGCCUACUAUACAAGUGUACAGAGCAGCUGAUUGGUUGCCAUGGGCAACUUCUCCACUGGCCCGCUUCUCCAUUCUUUUCCCUGCCUCAUGAAUAGACCCCUCUCCAAGGUCUCUCUCCAAGGUUUUUGAUGCAUAUCCCCCUUUAUCUGUCUCCAAGCUUUAAUACAUGUGCCCCUUAUUCCCACAAUGCUUCCUGUGUUCCCUAUUUGUUCACCAGUUGAAUGUUGGAACAUGACCUAUAACACCAAUAUAUUAUCCCAGGCUGGAGAGGUAUAUCAGGAAAACUAUAGCAAAACCUUAUUCCAGGAGCUGCUGGGUAUAAAGGACACAGUACAGGAGAAACUUGGUUAUGAUAGCUAUAAAAUAAUGGAUAAGUAAUGACAGCUUCAUGCACAUUCCAUUAAUUGCUAAUUAAUUAUCCUUCCCUGCGUAAUGAGGCUGGAGAGUCUGAAAACAAGAGGCCCUCUCGCCACUGAUUGUAGGAUGGGGAAUUCAGUGUGGCUGGUAAUGACAUUACACCAGCACUAUGUAAUUAGGGAGCAGACCUAUGAACCGCAUGUAAUUGAUUUAUUUCUGCAUUAAUUAAUGGAAAACAUGCAGGAGAGGACAAGUGAUGUGAUUCUGAUAAUAAAGUUCAUGUUACAUCAUGCCAACAUGGCUGGCCUAACCUUCCCGGGGGCUUAGAUGGGUCCACCUUACAAAAUACCAGGGUGUGUUUAUCACAGUGAGACCUGCAAUAUGGCCAUACUCUACAUGUGACUGUUGCAGUGACCAGUAGUCAGCGUGCGGAACUGGGCACCUGGUCUACUCCAUCUUGGUGGUGGAAGCACUGAAACCACAGUACGUUCUUCUGAGACUUUGGGAGAGAUUUAUCAAAGAUUGGAGAGAGAUAAAGUAGCGACCAUUCAGUUCCUGUUAUUUUACAUGAUGGGCUAGAAAAAUUACAGGAGCUAAUUUGUAGGUACUUAUGUUUCUCCGAGCUUUGAUAAAUCUUCCCCUUUGUGUCAGAGCUUUCAUAUUACUUCACAAAUGAUGGCGUUAAUGAUGUCAGGGAAUUGUGAGUUGCUACCGGGGUCAUUGUCUGAGCUACACUUACAUGCAGGACAUCAUGCGUGUUACCAUCCUCAUCACCCAGCCAUGUUCCCUAUUGGUCUUUAUCCAAAGCAAAAUGUCAGCAAGGCGGACGCAAUACUGGAUGAGGCAUAGGUGAAUUAAAUCCAAGACUUUGCAUAACUAAUUACCAAUGGUAUGCAUAGAGAUAAUAUUUAGAGCAAACCCCUCAAAUAAGUAUGAUUCUGCCCCUGACCUACACAAGCAGCCAUUUUGUGUGCCCAUCUGUUCAUUGAGUAUUGGCUCAGACCACAAAAUGGCUGCUUCCACUGCAUGUAAGUGAUUGAUAUAGUUUAAUACUAAGAACUACUAAAUAACCUUUACUGAGGAACCAGAAAAACUCUGUGUAAUAUCUGGGAACAUGUCAAAUUCUGAAAAUGUCUAAAACACCACAAACUAACUAAAAAUAGGAAAGGUGGGAAAUACGUACAAUAAUACAAUUUGCAAUUGAUCAUACUAGCUUAUUGUGUUUAUUCCAGCAUUUCAGAUUUCCAAAUGUCUCCUUAUCUGAGAUAGAUGAGUGAAAUGUUCUGCAGAAUAUUCACCUCAUUCCCCAUUUGUCCGUGAAAUUUUACACAGUUCAUCAGCGGAAUUAGCUUUAAGGGGAAGAUAUAUCAAACCUUUGAAACAGAGAAAAUGGAGACUUUGCACAUAGUAGCCAAUCAGCUUGUAGCUGUCAUUUUAUAAACUGUGCUAGAUAAAUGACAGCUAGAAGCUCAUUGGUCCAACUCUCUAUGGGCUCGAUACAUCUCCCCCAAAGUGUUUCCAGAUCUACCCCACAAAAUCUCUCCAGAAGGAAUUAUCGUCCGCCCAUCAAUUAUUCCACAAAAUAGGACUUUACAGAUACAGAGAGCGAAAUAGCUAAGGUAAGAAACAAUUCCACAGCAAAUACUGUGACUCCAAUAAUUUAGCGGGUAUUGUGGAUAAAAAACAGUAUUAGGUCGACAGUCACUAGGCCGACCCCAUAUGGUCAGUAGGUUCAAUAGGUCCACAGUGAAAAGUUAGACAUCUAAAAAAAAACGACGGGUACAAAAGGUCGGCGACAUGGAAAACAGGUUGACACGGUUUUUUUUUAGGGUGGGUUGCCUUUUUUGGGUGUCAUUUUGUAUGUUUAACCACAUGUGACCCCAAUUAGUGUACCGUAUCUCCUCGCCACGCUGUAGGUAAGGUGCCUCGCUCCACUACUGCUGCGCUCAGCACAGGUGACUUCCCAUUUGUAGUCACGUGGAUGAUAAAGUAUUUUUUUUUUUAAAGUUGUGUCGACCAUAUAUGGGUCGACCGAUUGACUGUUGACCUAUCACCUGGAUGCUCAUUUCUGCCAGCUUACUAACUGUCACUCAGUAUUAUCCUAGGGUAUUUUACAGCAGUAAGUCACCGAACAGGAAAAAAAAAUAGGUUUAUUAGAUUGUUCUAUAACAAAAAUUAGUAAAGAAAAGUUUUUUUUAUUUAAAUAACAAAUCCCCCCCCCCCCCCAAGAAAAAAAUAACAAUUGACAGAAUUUUAUUCACAUACGUAUAUGUAUGUAAUUAUCAAAUUAACAGUAACUGUCGACAAAAAUGACAAGAAAUAAGUGCCAAAAAUAACCUGGCCAUUAAGCAGUAUAUUACUAUGAAAGAAAAUAACCGGUAUAGGGUGAGAAGAAGAGACGGAAAUACAAUAGACACGGGGUAAAUUUACUAGUGGGAGUUUUAUUUAGAACUGGUGAUGUUGGUCAUAGUAACCAAUCAGAUUCUACUUAACAUUUAGCUACAGUAGCUGCUUCUAGAAGAUAAUAGAUAGAAUCUGAUUGGUUGCUAUAGGCAACAUCACCAGUUCUAAAAAAAAAACCUCCCACCUUAGUAAAUUUACCUCUUAUUCCAUUUUUUUCUAAAAUAAAACGUUUAAAUGAAAUGAACACAAUUGAACGCACCGUAUUAUAGAACAACCUGCUUAAUAUCAUGUCUGUAUUUGUAUUUUUGCAUUUAUAUUGCCCGUACGCUAAUAACAUACUUGUCACUAUUGCUGUACAAGGCUUUCGUAGGGAAACACCAUGACACAUUAUUAUCAGGUUCAGGAGCUUUUCUAUGUCACAUCCAGGGUUUAUAUUAUUCACUUCCUUUGAGUGUUACUGUCAUCGGCGCACAGCAGGGGAAGCCAUUUUGAAGCUUGUGGAGGCAGCCAUUUUAUGGGCUAAAACAACAUUUUUAGAAGAAUGCAGCUUAUCAGUUUGUCAGUAAAUAGACGAGGCACUAAGUGAUGUCAUGUCUCAUUAGUGUCAUGGGUUCCCAGAAUAGCAAUGGCCUGCAUUCUUAUGAAUAUGUCAGCCUACAAAAUGGCUGACCUUACAACCAAUAAAAUGGGAGCCUCUCCAAUCCAUAAAAUGGCUGCCCCCACUGGCGACUGUAACUCAUCUGUCCAAGUGAUCAUCAUGCUGACACAAACUAUAAUGUUUAUAAUAGAUAUAGUAUACUUGUUUAUUAAUGUCUUUCUGACAUUAGCACAAUUAAAUAUAUAUAUAUUAAAGGUACACACAGCAACUACAGUUACCUGGAAAGCAGCCAUUGUAGAGCACUGUAAAUGGAGACACCCUUGAUCCCCUCAUGAAGUGACUUGUGAGAGGAACGUUGGUGCGGCUCCUCCGGCAGUGCGGCACAGGGUCUGCACGCACCUUAUUCUCUGUUUGUGGGGCGAGGCGGAAUGUUAUGUCUUCCAACCAACAAGCACAUAUACCUCUCUCAGAUGUAAAGCGACUUUUUACCUUUCACAAUGUAACACUGAAAUGUAUAGAAUAAAAGCACAUGCAUUAACUGGA